AUGGCCACUCCGACGACUGCCGCUGCUUCUUGUUCUUCGUCGUUUCUAUCUCCGAGUACUGUCUCCAAGCGCCGUGUUUCACUUUCCGGACGCAGUUGCAGUCUCAAUUUGUGUUCUAGACGGAGUGUUCAGCUCAGCUACAGCUGCAGGUCUCUCCGGCUCCGGACUCGAGUUCGAGCUGGCAAGGAAGAGAGUGCCGGCGCGGUGAUCGAGGAGAGGGAGCUGUUGAGGAGAUUGAACGGGAAUGGAGCUGCUGGUGGUAGUGCAGGAGAGUACGGGAGUAACGGAUCGCUUAGUAAUGGAAGUUUGGUUGCGGUGGAGAGCGAGGUCAAUGGUGGGAGUAACGGUCGAUUGAGCAAGUACGUGAAUGGGAAUGGCGGUUUUUCCGCGGCGGAGACGGCGGAGGAUGGGAGGAAGAAGCGGAUUGAGGAGGUUGGGAAGGAAGAUGCGUGGUUUAAGAAGCGCUCUGGUCCGGGGGAGGUUGAGGUUUCUGUUGCGCCCGGGGGAAGAUGGAAUAGGUUCAAAACCUAUUCCACCAUUCAAAGAACUGUGGAAAUUUGGGGAUCUGUCUUUACUUUCGUCUUCAAGGCUUGGUUGAACAGUCAGAAGUUUUCUUACAGAGGGGGGAUGACAGAGGAGAAGAAAGUUGUGAGGAGGAAGGCACUGGCCAAGUGGCUAAAAGAUACUAUACUCAGACUUGGUCCCACAUUCAUCAAAAUUGGCCAGCAGUUCUCCACAAGAGUGGACAUUCUCGCUCAAGAAUAUGUUGACCAAUUGUCAGAACUUCAGGAUCAAGUUCCUCCUUUCCCAUCUGAGACUGCUCUUUCUAUAGUCGAAGAAGAGCUUGGAGCACCUGUGGAGGAUGUCUUUGAGCGGUUUGAUUUCGAGCCAAUAGCGGCAGCAAGUCUUGGUCAGGUUCACCGUGCAAGACUCAAAGGACAGGAAGUAGUUAUUAAAGUACAACGGCCUGGUCUCAAGGAUCUUUUCGACAUUGAUCUCAAGAAUUUGAGGGUAAUAGCAGAAUAUCUUCAGAAGAUCGAUCCAAAGUCGGAUGGGGCAAAGAGAGAUUGGGUUGCAAUUUACGACGAGUGUGCAAGCGUACUGUAUCAGGAGAUUGAUUACACCAAGGAAGCUGAAAAUUCAGAGCUCUUUGCUAGUAAUUUCAAGGACAUGGAUUACGUAAAAGUGCCAAAUAUUUAUUGGGAAUACACCACACCUCAGGUACUAACAAUGGAGUACGUCCCUGGGAUUAAAAUAAAUAAAGUAGAGGCUUUAGAUAAGCUGGGUCUGGAUCGCAAAAGGUUGGGCCGGUAUGCUGUUGAAUCUUACUUGGAACAAAUUCUUUCUCAUGGAUUUUUCCACGCUGAUCCUCACCCAGGAAAUAUUGCCGUAGAUGAUGUCAAUGGCGGAAGACUGAUCUUUUAUGAUUUCGGAAUGAUGGGAAGUAUCAGUCCAAACAUCAGAGAAGGGUUGCUGGAAGUGUUUUAUGGAGUUUAUGAAAAGGAUGCAGAAAAGAUUCUUGAGGCAAUGGUCCAAAUGGGUGUCCUUGUGCCUACGGGAGAUAUGACAGCUGUCAGAAGAACUGCACAAUUUUUCCUUAACAGUUUCCAAGAACGUCUUGCUGCACAAAGACGGGAGAGGGAAAUGGCGACAGCAGAGCUUGGGUUUAAAAAGCCUUUAUCCAAGGAGGAAAAAUUGGCCAAAAAGAAAGAGCGUUUGGCGGCAAUAGGGGAAGAUUUAUUAUCCAUCGCUGGAGAUCAACCUUUCCGAUUCCCUGCCACUUUCACAUUUGUUGUAAGAGCAUUUUCAGUAUUGGAUGGGAUUGGAAAAGGCCUCGACCCUCGUUUCGACAUUACAGAAAUCGCCAAACCGUAUGCGCUAGAGCUAUUGAAGUUCCGGGAAGCUGGGGUUGAAGUAGCGGUGAAGGAUCUCAGAAACAGAUGGGAUAGGCAGUCCCGUGCGUUCUACAACUUGUUUAGGCAGGCCGACAGAGUUGAAAAGCUUGCAGAAACUAUCCAACGAUUGGAGCAAGGUGAUUUGAAGCUUCGAGUUCGAACACUGGAAGCUGAGAGGGCUUUCCAGCGCGUUGCUGCUGUUCAAACUACAGUGGGAAGUGCUGUAGCUGCAGGAAGUCUAGUUAACCUUGCAACAAUUUUGUAUUUCAAUGCUAUGAGAGUACCAGCUACGAUGGCAUAUGCUGUAUGCGCCUUUUUUAGCUUAAAAGUUCUGAUAGGAAUUGUAAAGGUGAAGAAGUUAGACCAACGAGAACGAUUAAUUACAGGCACUGCUUAA